CAAUGUCAGAACAACCUUGCAGCUGAAGGCAAGCCACUGUGUUUGCUCAGAGCGGUAUGAAUAGGUCUUGUGACCCAUUGCUUGACUACCCCGUAAUUUCUAACAGAGGAGCUCAGAUGGAGUGAGUCAGUCCAAGCUGCUCAACCUGUUGAGUGCUUUUCUUUUGUGAACAGGAGCACAAGUUUAGGAACAAAAGUAGGAAGUGAGAUUUGGACUUGUCUGUUUAUAAUGGGUUUGCUGAGAGCAUGUUUUAUAACUGAUGGGUGUAUCUGACUUCCUAAACCAGUGGAGGUUGUAAUUUACAUUACAAAUGAAUGUACUUUUUUUUUUUUUCUUAAGAAAAAGCUUUGAAAGAGGAAAUUCAUAGGCUGCUGCCAAAUAGCUUGUCUCAACCUACUGUACAGGGAUUGCAACGAUCAUUUAGGGUGGCUGGUCACUGCGGAAUAUCCCUCAAACAACAAAGGCUCGUCAGCACUUGGGUCCAAGUCCAUGUUGAUAGUCAGGAUAAACCAGAAGAAGGUUAAAACGCCCAAGAGAUGUGUGGCGGCACAGCCAAGUCGACAAGCCGGCCAGGGGCCCAGCAGAAUUCAGCCAGCUGUGUGGGUGAUGCUGCUUCUGGUGCUGGGAGGACUUACAAGCCACUUUUAUAUGCAAAGAUUCGAAAAUGUGCCAGGGUCGGAAGGGGCACUGAUGACACGGAGCUCGGCAACAGUUGGUCAUGUUCGGAGUUUGACCUGAACGAGAUUCGCCUGAUAGUUUACCAGGACUGUGAAAGGCGAGGCAGACAAGUCUUGUUUGAUUCUAAAGCUGUUCACAAGAUUGAAGAGGUGGCAACUCAGAAAACAGAGGAUGUGCCUAUUAAAAUGUCAGCCAAGUGCUGUCAAGGAAGCAGCAGCAGCAGCAGCAGCAGCAGCAGCAGCAGCAUUUCCUUCCACAGUUCUUCUGGGGGAUCCUCCCAACACGCUAAGGAGCAGCUUCCCAAGUACCAGUACACAAGACCAGCUUCGGAUGUCAACAUGCUUGGGGAGAUGAUGUUUGGCUCCGUUGCAAUGAGCUACAAGGGCUCCACCUUAAAGAUACACUAUAUACGCUCACCUCCACAACUGAUGAUUAGUAAAGUUUUCUCUGCUAGAAUGGGCAGCUUCUGUGGGAGUACAAAUAACUUGCAAGACAGCUUUGAGUACAUCAACCAAGAUCCCAAUUUGGGAAAACUGAACACAAAUCAGAAUAAUUUGGGUCCUUGCCGUACUGGAAGUAAUUUAGGUCUGCUGCAGGCAUGCGGCAGCAAGCUGCUGCCGGGGGUGGCAGAAGGAGGACCUCUCCGGCUCACCCGCAGCGCUUCUUUCUUUGCAGCACACAGUACUCCAGUUGACAUGCCAAGCAGAGGACAGAAUGAAGACAGGGACAGUGGCAUUGCUCGCUCAGCCUCCCUAAGCAGCCUUUUGAUUACACCUUUCCCUUCGCCAAGCUCCUCUGCGUCCUCGUCCAGCAGCUACCAGCGCCGCUGGCUUCGGAGUCAGACCACCAGUUUGGAGAACGGCAUCAUCCCCAGGAGGUCAACUGAUGAAACAUUCAGCUUGGCUGAAGAAACCUGUAGCUCUAAUCCGGCCAUAGUUCGGAGGAAGAAAAUUGCCAUAAGUAUCAUCUUUUCCCUGUGUGAGAAAGAAGAAGCCCAAAGGGAUUUCCAGGACUUCUUUUUUUCUCAUUUCCCUCUGUUUGAGUCUCACAUGAACAGGCUAAAGAGUGCAAUCGAAAAGGCCAUGAUCUCCUGUAGGAAGAUAGCAGAAUCAAGUCUCCGGGUGCAGUUUUACGUGAGCCGUCUGAUGGAAGCUCUGGGAGAAUUCAGGGAGACUAUCUGGGGCUUGUAUUCUGUUCCAAGGCUAGCGGAACCCGUGUGGCUUACCAUGAUGUCCAGCACUUUGGAAAAGACACAGCUUUGCCAGCGCUUUCUCAAGGAGUUCACAUUUCUGAUAGAACAGAUGAACAAGAACCAGUUUUUUGCGGCCUUGCUGACUGCAGUGUUAACCUACCACCUGGCCUGGGUGCCGACUGUGAUGCCUGUCGAUCACCCUCCCAUUAAAGCCUUCUCGGAAAAACGCACCUCUCAGUCAGUGAACACGCUGGCCAAGACCCACCCGUAUAAUCCUCUCUGGGCGCAGCUGGGCGAUCUCUACGGGGCCAUCGGCUCUCCGGUGAGGCUGACGCGCACCGUGGUGGUGGGGAAGCAGAAGGAUUUGGUCCAGCGCAUACUUUACGUCCUGACCUACUUUCUCCGUUGCUCUGAGCUGCAAGAGAACCAGCUGACCUGGAGUGGGAAUCACGGAGAAGGGGAGCAGGUGUUAAAUGGGAGCAACAUCACGACAGCCUUGGAGAGGGGAGAGGUGGAGGAGUCCGAAUAUGUGGUUGUCACGGUGAGAAGCGAGCCCGCCCUCCUUCCCCCUAUCCUGCCACUGACGAAGGCCGAGGGAAGGAGCCCUGGGCCUGAGGGCUUGGCUGGAACCUCAGAGGACAAUGACUUUAGAGACCUGUGUCCCAAAGCCGACAAGGAAGGAAACGCAUGUUCUGCGGCCUGUAGCCCGGGCUACCAGGACCCAGUUCCAGGCAGCUCUUGGAAACCUCAGGGUGCAUUUCGUAAGGAGGAAGAAAGUGAAAAAGAGGCCCCACGAGAUGGCUGUUCCAGGUUCUCCAGCUGUGACGGCCCAGGAGCAGGAGCAAAGAUCAAUGAGGAGUGGAAAGGCGAGACGCAUAAGAAGCUACCAGACCGGUCAGCGGCGCGGCCCUGCCCAGACAGACUUUCCUGGGAGAAGCCUCCCUUAGAAAAGGUCACUUUCCAGAUUGGAAGCUCUGUAUCACCAGAGUCUGACUUUGAAAGCCGCACCCAAAAAGUGGAGGAGCGGCUAAAGGCCUGUAGACAAUAUCCAGAGCUAGCCAGUUGUCCUUUGAUUGAAUCCAGGGUGGCCACUGACAUGGCUCAGGACCAGCAGGUUUCUAGGUGCUUUUUCCCGCCUGGCUUCCAAGAGAAUGUCUGCUGUCCUCAGAACCCAUCAUCAGACAGGGACGAAGGUGAAUUUGACAGGGGUUAUGCUGAGGACAGAGGCAUCAGAACCAAAGCUGCAGGAGAUGCUGCCGGGCAGCCCCACCCUGCUGCUGACUCGUCUGUCCCUAAUGCCAGUGCGGCCGGGCCUGGACAGGAAAUGCUGGGGGGAACCAGAGGUUUGUAUUCGGAGGAUGAGGAAGGACCUUUGGUAGCACCUGGCAGGUGUGUACAGCAGGAAUUGGGUGUCUCAGUUGCUGCAGAUGUCCCCUGUGGGGAUGCUGACGGGACGGGGGACUUCAGGACUGAAGGAGACAUUCCCAGAAACGAAAGCUCUGAUAGCGCUCUCGGAGACAGUGACGACGAAGCGUGUGCUUCAGCCACACUGAAUCUAGGUCACAGCAGUGACCGCACUGAAGGGUCCUUGGAAGUGGAGCUGCCUCUGCCCAGGUCUCAGAGCAUCAGCAACCCAAAUGUAAGAAACUUCGGCCGCUCCCUUCUGGCGGGUUACUGCCCCACGUACAUGCCUGACCUGGUGCUCCAUGGGACCAGCAGCGAUGAGAAGCUGAAGCAGAGCCUGGUAGCUGACCUGCUGCACACAGUCCAUCACCCAGUGCUCGAUGAGCCGAUAGCUGAAGCCGUCUGUAUUAUCGCAGACACAGAUAAGUGGAGUGUCCAGGUGGCCACAAGUCAGAGGAAGAUGAUGGACAACACGAAGCUAGGCCAGGAGGUCUUGGUCUCUAGUCAGGUGUCCAGUUUACUUCAGUCCAUUUUACAGCUUUACAAGCUUCACCUUCCUGCUGAUUUUUGCAUCAUGCAUCUUGAAGACAGACUACAGGAGAUGUACCUGAAAAGUAAGAUGCUGUCUGAAUACCUUCGUGGACACACACGAGUCCACGUGAAAGAAUUAGGAGUCGUACUGGGGAUUGAAUCGAACGACCUGCCUCUGUUGACAGCGAUCGCCAGUACUCAUUCUCCUUAUGUGGCUCAAAUACUCUUAUAAGCUAAAGCUCAGGACAGUUCUUCCUUGGAAGAAAAAACAAACAAACAACAGAUUCUCAACUGAAGGAGAAAAGAAUAAGCUCUUGUGACGUCAAAAGCAUAAGAAGAGCAAACAGAAAUAGUCAUUCCACCGCUUUGUUUUGUUUUAUUUUGUUGCUGUCAAGUGGAUGCUUCAUUGGAACUUAGGUUUACCUGACAUAAUGGCAUGUAUGUGUUUCCUGAACACUGUAGGCCUUUUGUUACCCACGAAUCAACAGAGAGAGUGACCUUUUUGAUAGGAGGAAGCAUAGCACUACACUAAACACUAAGCUGUUGGUACAGAUUGCCUUGUGUAUUCGGACUGAAUGGCAAGUGACUUUGGAGCAGCAGGUGAACGACGUACACACCAUUCCAGUUUCAGAACCUUGGCAUGAGCUCUCCACACUGGAGAAAGCAUUAUUUUGCUAUUCUAAGAAGACAGUCAGGAAAAGGACUUCAGAUUCCAAGUCAGAGUUUGCUUUCUACAAAAGGUGAAGUAAAGAAAGCCACAUUGUGCCGUCCUUCAGCUCUGGUGGCUGUAGGUGUGACUGUCUGACGUGAAACAUGAAAGAAAAUUGUUGGGAAGAGAGUGCUUUAGGGACCCACUGUUUCACAUCAUGGAGUUUACCUUGUCUCAGAUGCAGCCACAGGUAGGUUAGAGGUGGAUUGUUGGUGCAAUAAACCCAAGAAUCAAUGUAGCAUCUUAAUCCCAUCAAGAUGGAGUUUGUAGCAGCAAAGUACACCAUCUGAUACCAUAUGUUUAACCUUAUACUUUAGAGCUUUCAGUAGCCUCUGAAGAGAGGCCUUUUACCAAAGUUAUUUCUAUAAAUGCAGGAGUAUUUGUUGCUAAAUUCUUCCAGCCAAAGCCACUUUCUUCCUGUAAUAGUUAAUACAAAUGACUAUUUAUACUUAAAAGGCACAGCUGUCCUGGUGGGAAAUGAAACCUCCAACAGUUCAGGAUGACUAAUGAAAGUAAUUAGUUUGAACUCUUAUAAACAAUUGGUACAUGGUCCAAAUUUUUACAUUACCAUCUCUGUGCCUUCUAAUUCCUACAUACUUUUCAAAACGCCGUUCCAGAAAUUAACUUACCCAUAGUAUCAAACCUGCCAAAAUGAGGAGUUAUUUGUUAGCAUAACUCACUUUAAAAAAGAAAAAAAACUUAAUUUUCUGUUCAUAUAAAAGAAACUUUUCUUAGUUUACCGACCAAGAACUAUGACCACAUCAGACAAUAUACUGACAUCCAGGACACAGAAAAAGACUUAAAAAAUUGAUCAUUACAUGACAGGAGCUAAUCUAGUAAAGCAAAAUACUGUUAUAUGUGUAUAUAUAAUUAUAUAUCCAUAUAGUAUAUAUGGAUAUCUUGAUGAUCUUGAGUACAGCUAAUUAUAACCAGGCUCCAGUUUCCUUUCACUUUUUAUAAAUUAAUUUCAGUCCUUUCCAUUCCUUUGUAUCUAAGAAUAUGAAGUAACUUCCCUAUUAGGGAUUUAAAAUGACUUCAGAUUUUCUAUCUGAAAAAAUUCUAAACACCAAGUUACAUAUGUUUGUCUCUUCUUUUACAAAUGCAAGUUACUUGUUUGUUUGAAAGAGAAUAGCAGCAGUACCGGUGGAGAAAAGUGGGUGAAUUAUUCCUUAGGAAUCAGUCAGAAUUGCUGCGUUCCCUCCUCUCUUUUUUUACGAUGUGAAAUGUGGAUGGGUGCAUUAAAACUCUUACGCUCUUUAAUUUUUAUGUUUUUCUUUUGUUAAAUUAAGUUUUCUAGUCUUCUUAGAUAUUUCUUUCUUUUCUUUCUUUUUUUUGCCUAACAUCUGAGUUUAGUGUUUUAAGUUCUCUAGUUUCACGACAUCACUGCUUGUUUUUAUGCUCCACAAAGAGAAGGAACCUUACCUGUGGCUCAGCUCACUCAUCAUUUGUUUUUCAUUACAUGUAAAUAAAUUGUAAUAGCUGGUGUUACAUCAUUUCCAUCUGUACCAGUUUAAAGCAUUCCCUCAUUCUUGUUCCCUUUUCCUUGUUUACACAUUUUGGGCACUUUUCCUCAUUCACCGCCUUCCAGGGUUUCAUAGAAAAUAACUAGACACAAAAUCAGUUCCAUUCUAAUGUGGCAUGUUGAAAAUUAGACCCAUAUAGGGGAAAAUUGAGCCUUAAAAGGCUGAUUCUAAACUUCAUGCAUAAAAGAUUGAACCCAGUCCCCUCAAAGCCUGAGAAGAUUUAAUUUGCCUCUUAAUCUACUGUUCCCAGACUCUCUGGAAAACUGUCUGUUGGGAACCACAGGUGGGUCACACGUGGGGACUGAUUCAGUGAUGCUCAGGGUUCCGGUCAGGACCUAAUCCUCACACCUCCUGCCUGCCAGAACAGACCAAGAAUGCUGCUGCUCUUUCACAGGCCUCCUUUAAAUAGCAUUCAAGUUUUGUCUGUCUUAAGUUCAACCUCUUCCCAAAAGUGGAAAAGAAAAACAAUCUCACAGACUUGUGUUGAGAUACACCCACGUACCUGCCGCUCACCACCUAGGGGCUUAACUUUGUCUUAGCCGAAGAGGCAAGAAGGGAUCCCACCCUCUCCCAUGCCCACCUCAAGAAACAAAUAAAAAUGCUUAAAAAAAAAAAAUGGAGAAAACUACCUCAGUUGACAGGAUUCCACCUUUAGGACUUCUUCAACUUUUAAGUCUUACCUGUUGAGUGUAACUUUUGUAGCAUUUUGCUCCUUUAAGCAAGCUAGUGAGGCAUGACAGAGCAGCAGCGUGUACAUGUGACUGUGACGGGCCUCUUUCUAGCAUGUUGCAGUUUAUUUUUAAUAGAUUGACGAGUGAUACGAAUGUAAAGAUAACUGUGUAUGUUUAAACGUGACAAUGAAAAUUGCAAAUGUAGCUUCCAUACUUGUGCAUAACUCCAAAGUAUUUUAUUUUUAUCAGUGUUAAAUAGCUUUUUGUACAGGCUUCAAUCCAUUUUUCUGAAGUGUGCUGUUUUUUAAUGAAAAUAACUAUAAUCUUUUCACAUCCCAUGGAACUUCCGUUUACACAUCACAACUUUUUAAACUUACCAUAUUUUUCAAAAUUAACUUUUUUGGAGGAAGGAAAAUUCUUGCUUGCUAAAUGAUACUAAACUGUUGUUUAGGCUCUUAUAAUUAGGUCCUGAGAUUUUAUAAAAAUUUAGUCUGUAGCUUUUUAGGUUCUUCACUAGCGUUGGUUGUACAUAAAAAUAAAGAAUAUAAAGUGACCCCCAAAUUCUUUUGAAUGUCUGGAUUUAUCCACUAUUAUGUACUUCUGCAAAGUAUUUAGUUAAUGCCUACUUUUACCAUUAAGCCGAGUCUUUAGCUUUUCGUGGUAAUGUGAACUAUUUGUUUUGUGUUGUGCUUUGGGGGAGGGGACAUUUGAUUAUAAUACUUGCUUAAAUCAAGCCGCCCCCUCUGAAUGUUAAUUUUUAAAUGUCAAAAUUUGGUUAACUAUAUAUCUUGGAAGCAAGAUUGCAAUAUGCUCUAAUUUAAGCGGUGUUAAAAAAAAAAAGAAAAAGAAAAUUCUGGGAUUUGCUAUAAUGGAAGCUCCAUGAAAACAAAUUGAUAGGGCUUUAUAUUUUUGAUCAGUUAAUAACUAUCAAUGUCAAUGUAUGGAAAAUUUUUCUUAAAACUUGUUCAUGUUUAUUUUGAUCCAUUUUG